AUGACGAAAUAUAGGCAUAUAGUUAUCGUUCUUAUUUUACAUUUAAUUUUAUCAUGGGUAUAUGCACAAAAUAAUGAAACAUUUGAAUUGGGUGCUAUUGCCAAACCACAUCCGAAAGAACGUGAAAUAAGUCCACAAGCUCGAGUAACAAUAUAUCUAUUAGUAACUGGUUCAGUUUUUCUUUUAUUAAGUAUUAUGUUUGGUGCACCAUAUUAUUAUUAUAAAUAUGGUCGAAGUGAUACAAAAGCUUCGAUUUCAAAAAAUCCAAAUUAUGAAUUAUAUACACCGGAUCAAUGGGAAAUUGAUAAAGAUUCUGUAACAUUAAAUAAACUUAUUGGUCAAGGACAUUUUGGUCAAGUUUAUCAAGGUGUUAUUAAAUUAUCCGAUGGAACAUUAAAACAAUGUGCUGUUAAAAUUCGAACAACACAUCCAACAGAUUUAUUACAAGAAGCAUCAAUAAUGAAACAAUUUCAAUGCUAUCAUGUCAUUCAAUUAUAUGGUAUAUGUUCACGUAUUCGACCACCAUAUGUUGUUAUGGAAUUAAUGGAUAAUGGUGAUUUAAAAAAUUAUCUUUAUCGACAUCGACAAAGUGAAUUAAAUCCAAAUGGUCCAACAUUAACUGAAUCAGGAAUGAUUCAAUUAGCAUUAGAUGUUGCUGAUGGAAUGUAUUAUUUAUCUGAUCAAAAAUUUGUUCAUAGAGAUUUAGCUGCAAGAAAUUGUCUUGUCAAUGGAAAUCAUACUUGUAAAGUUGGAGAUUUUGGCUUAACACGUGACAUCUAUGAAACGGAUUAUUAUCGACGUGGUGGUCGAAGUUUUCUUCCUAUACGAUGGAUGGCACCAGAAAGUUUAAGAGAUGGACGUUUUAAUACUGUAUCAGAUGUUUGGUCAUUUGGUGUUCUUCUAUGGGAAAUAGCAACAUUAGCUGAACAACCUUAUCAAGGUUAUGGUAAUGAAGAAGUUGUACAUUAUGUUCGAUAUGGAAAUAUUACUCUUGAACGUCCAUCAAAUUGUCCUGAAAUAUUACAUAAAUUAAUGCGUACUUGUUGGACAUUUUCACCCGGUGAUCGUAUAUCAUUUCGAUCGAUUGUUGAUGAAUUAGUUCCAUAUGAAAAUGAAGAUUUUCGUAUACAUGCUUAUUAUCAUACACAACCAAAUCUAACACGACAAGUUAGCUUAGUUGAUAGUAUUAAUGAUGGUGAAGAAGAUCUUUUAUUAAUGAAUAAAAUCGAUGGUGAUGGUGAUAAUAAUGAACAUGAUGCAUAA